AUGGCAGUGUGUGUGCGCGUGUCCAGGGUGCUUUUACUGCUGACAGUGUGGAAGCCAUUGCAGGGCAGCAUCCUGCCCCUCAAUAUGGCUACCCAGUCCAUGGCUGCUUCCUAUGAAGCCUGUGAGAAGGAAAUGCAGGCCUUGGUGAUGUCGCACUACUAUCUGCAGGAACUGAAUGCUACAAAUGGUUUCUCAGAUGCGUGGGACGAGGCUGUCACCAACGCGAAACCAGGGAUUGACAUACAAUUGUCAGCUGCCAUAUACAUGUAUACGGUGGAAAAAGAAAACGAUCCAAAACCAAUGUAUACCCAGCUCGACAGCGCGACCCGUACUGGAAGAGCAGCUUAUGAAUCAGGUGACUUUCAGUUUCACACACUGCAUUUCUUUUUGACUGAUGCCAUUAAACAGCUGAAACGACAAUCAACCAGCUGUGUGACCUCAUAUUGUAGAACUCACCUCAAAUUUGUAAAGGUUCUUGAUCAAACAAUUCGAUUUGGCUCCUUCACAUCCAGCUCUCUGGACAUGAAUCAGAUCUCAUUUGGUAAGGAGUCCUGUUUUCAGAUUUACACCUGUUACGGAACUGAUGUGUCCAAGCUCUCAGCUUUUGAAAGCGGAAAGGAAGUGUUAAUUUCCCCCCCCCCCCCCCCCCCCGAGACGUUCACAGUUGCUGCCAUUCAAAGGGAAAAUUAGAAGAAUCUGGAGUGCAGUGUAGUAUAUAAACUCAAAAGUGCUGGAAAGAAGAGCUACCUGCAGUGCACAAGGGCAUCAAGUUAA